AUGGUUGAUCGCCAGUGCCUGCAUCUAAAGUCCACACUCGUCGCUAUCCUGGCCAUACUUGUUGUUCUAAUUUGGGCCCCUUCUCUUUUCAACGCCUCCAAAACCUCGAGAAAUAUGACGGAGACAAUCGCUGAGAAGAAUCAGAAGUACUGGGACCACGCUGCCGAGUCUGUCUUUAAGGACAAAUGGGUUCAUGACCUUCAAGCGCAGUUUUCAGAUUUUCUUACAACAAAUGUUGAAUGGCUCGCCUUGCCAAAAGAUACUCAGGAAUCAUCCACCGCUAAAUUGAUGGACUACGCGUGCGGAAACGGAAUCGUCUCACGUUCACUGCACCCUCACUUUGCACAAUGCCUAGGGAUCGAUCUCGCCGAAGGCAUGCUUGCCAAAUAUCGAGCCACGGCUGAAGAUCUCGGGCUCCCUGAGUCUCGCAUGAUGGCUGUCCAAGGCAACCUCCUAACACACACAGUCGAGGCAACAAAUCCUCCCCUGAGUCAGGAGCAGCUGGGUAGCUUCGACCUGGUCGCUAUCUGCAUGGCCCUGCAUCACGUUGAUGACAUUGAACUAGCAAUCAAACGACUUGCAGAGAGGCUGCGACCUGGUGGUGUUCUUCUUGUCAUUGACUGGGCUACGCGAGACAGCUCGGCCCAGGGCGGCGGAUCAGCCUCUCCUCCCAGUGAAUCAGGGAAACAUCACGAGCACAAGCCACACCCUGCUUCGCACACAAUUACUCACGAUAGUUUCACAAGAGAACAAAUCGUCGGACUAUUUGAGGAAAGCGGAUGUGGAGAUUCCAGCUUCGUUUUGGCCGACAGGCUGUCCGAGGUUCCUGGUGCUCGCACUGGUAAGAUGCAACUAUUCUUCGCUCGGGCUUCGAAACUGUAG